GCCAUCACCAACACAACGCAAAAUUGAGUCCGUUAUAAUCAAAUUCUCCUUGAACUUCUGCCCCUCUACAAGGGGCUCGCUUCUCGGCUUGAAGUGACUUAGUCCUGCAGCUACUCAUGUUUAAUUUGAAUCAGAGUUUUGUUUUAAAGUUCACUGUUGGGUAUUAUGGUUCAGUGAUGUUCUGACAGGUCGUAGUUCUUCAUGAGAAUUCUGUGUACGUUGUCCUAAACAACUUGCUCUAAAGUGUUGAGCAGUACGUUUAGCGUUUGGAAAGGAACUUUUCAAGAAGAAAGGAACUUUUCAGAGAAGAACAUUGUGAGUACAUUUUCAUGCUACUUCGCUACGCCCAUUACGCUUGCAAAACAGUUACAUAUUAUUGGACGACAGAAGGAAAGGAAACACAAACUACUGAACAUUUAUUUGAAUACUUUUGACGAGAAAGUAUGGGAUAGGGCUGCAUGCACGAUAUGCACAUUGAAGUUGUUCUGAGCAUUAUACGUUGGCGAUUGGAUGGACCAUUUUAAAGAAUUGUCGGGAGUUGUUUAGAAGCAGCACAUUUUCUUGAACUUAGGGUGUAUUCGUCAGGCGCUGAGCUCAAAAUAACACGGACACCACUUCAGACAUUGAAUUCAAAAUGGCGCCCAUCAAUGAGGGGAAUAUUGUCACCAACGGGCACGACGCGUCCUUAAUGCCCGAAGUUGGAGCAAAACAUGAGAGGAAAAGUCGCGAGACACACUGGGAGAGUUACGGAUGUUUUAACAACUACCCAUCAAGUCUUGACUUCUUAGCAUCAGGGAGGUUUUUCCUCCUAUUCAUGUGCAUGCUUAUCUUCAGCGAUGCUUUCAAUAUUGGAACUCUGGGUGGCGCCCUGACAAGCCUAGAGACGCGCUACGAACUAAAGGCGUCUCAGCUGGGACUGAUCGAGAGUCUGUACGAGGCUGGAAAUCUCAUCUUCGUGCUAUUUAUAGUACACUACGCUGGGAGACAAGAUAACAGGCGCCCUCUAUGGAUCGGAAUCGGUGCACUCACCAUGGCCAUUGGAACCGCAAUUGCAUUUUCACCACAGUUUCUUUUCUCCGCGUACAAUCCUGAUUGGAAAUCCGGCUUGACCAAUCAGACGGCAGAGCCUUUAACCUGCCUCUCUGAUUGGACAGUUGAGUCUGGAUUCGACCAAUGCGGUGGAGAGGGGCAAGAUAACCUAAGGCGGGAAAAUCGAUUGGCUUAUGUGAUUAUUUUGUGUGGAGAAAUUCUGGUGGGGGUUGGUUGGACACCAGUGAUGCCUCUGGCUCUAUCAUACAUUGAUGAUAAUGUCAACACGAAAUCAUCUGCGAUGUUUAUAGGGAUCAUCCAGAGCAUGUUUGGAGUUGGGACAAUAUUCGGUUUUCUGACCAGCGCAGCUGUUGCCCAGAAAUGGGUUGAUUUCUACCGAGCUGAAGUUGAUGAAAACAAGAUGACGCCUAAGAACACCUUAUGGGUGGGUGCGUGGUGGCUAGGGGUCGCCAUAACAAGUAGUAUGUAUUUCAUAUCUUCGCUGCCUUUCUUCGGAUUUCCUCGUCGGCUUCCGGGAGCUCGAAAACUGGACGACAGUAAGAAUUACUUUAUGUUGAAAAGGAGUGAGUCGAGGGUUGACGAUCCGGAAGGGGACGCUCCCGAAGAUGCAAAGGUUGUUGCUGAGGAUACUUCAAGUGCAAAAUCAUUUUCUUUGUUUGCCUUACCAGCAUCUGUAUGGGGUUUACUCAGCAACCCCAUCUACAUGUUCAUUAACAUCAGCAGUUUUUCCGAAAUGGCGAUCAUAGCUGGAAUUGUGACGUUCUUUCCCAAGUACUUGGAAACACAGUUUGGUCUGUCGCCACCUCAAGCUAACUUCUACAUGGCUGUAGUACCUGUACCCGCUGUGGCAAUUGGCUCACUUCUUGGUGGUUACUUAGUGAAAAAGCUCAAUCUGAACGCUGAGGGCGCAACCAAGCUUGCUCUGGGAUGCAGCGUCAUAGCGUUGGUCGGUCAGAUCGCCCUCUUGGGUAUAGGCUGUGAUAGUGCUGGUAUUGGUGGGGUGGACACGCCCUACCACAACUCAAGGGUUCCUGAAUUCACUGACGUGAAGAUAACCAGUGCCUGUAACGCCAACUGCGGAUGUAGUUCCACCGAUCCAGAGGUGGUCUGCGGUACCGAUGGAAUCACCUAUUUCUCGGCGUGCUACGCUGGCUGUCAGGACAGUCUGAACGGGACUUUUUUCAACUGCUCCUGCGUGCAAGGGCCUGACGGCGUGGCAGGCGGUUCGGUUCAGUCUGGUGCCUGCCCCAUGGACUGCCAUAUGCUGGCACCAUUUCUCGUAAUCAUGUUCGUUAUUGCGUUGGUCAGUAGCUCCGAAGAGAUACCACAAACGAUGGUCACAAUGAGAUGCGUUAAGAAGUCAGACAAAUCUCUAUCACUCGGACUCAGACACGUUUUUACUAGAGUUUUUGGUAAUAUCCCGGCGCCGCUGUAUUAUGGGGCCGCAAUCGACGCAACAUGCCGUCUUUGGCAGAUGUUUUGCGGCGUGAGGGGAGAGUGCUGGGCCUACAACCUCCCGGACUUUCGCUUCGCUUACAUGGGUGUCACAGUAGCCCUGAAGACGGUCAGCGCAUUCUCCUACGUGGUAACAUUGGUUCUUCUUCGGAGACGAACGUUAAAGGUGCCUAAAGGAACGUCUGAAUUGGAAGAUGGUGAUUGAGAGCAGAAAGGAUUGGAAUAAUAGAAAAUAUUGUUUAAAAAGGAAUUCCCUGGUGAUGUUUUAGGUAGUUACUGGUAUGUUUAGGUGUAUUAAUUAUUGUUUAUUGUAUAGACUAUUAUAGUCAACUCAGUGCUUAAAUCAUCGUUCUAUUUUGUUUUAUUACACCAUUUGUAAUAAUUAAUUUAAAGAGCACCACACACAAUGUGUCCACCACCAACUGCGACACAUCACACACAACCCUCGUUUAGUUGCUGAAAGGCGUUAACGAGUACCGGCAUAUACAUGUAGAUGUAAACUAGCCCAUGAUACUAACCCAGUUGAAACCAGUUCGACGUACUUGUCACAAACUGGUUCAGUUGAACUGGGAAUUGAUAACUGGUUAGAACUGGUUACUGUUGACGCCACAAUACUAGGCAACUAUGGCCCUUUUCGAAACCAUGGCUUUUGCUUUGAAUUCGGCUUCAGGCUCCGUCCUCUCGUCUGAAGCCCUGU